AGAGUAGAGACUUAAAAAAAACAAGUCUUUAGAAGAAAGAAGCAAAAUAGGAUACGAUUUUAGGACGGAGCGCGAGUUGCACGAAAAGAUGGAGGAUGAAUCAGCAACCAAUUCGCACGAUUCCAUUUGCCCAAUCUGCCUCGGACCCUUAACUCAAGAAUCGUAUCUCGACCAUUGUUUGCAUAGAUUUUGCUUCAAUUGCAUUCUCCGCUGGACCAAUAUCGUUUCCUCCAAGCACCAAACUCCACCUUCUUCCGUGAAAUGCCCCCUUUGUAAGACAGAUAAUUUUUCUAUCAUUUAUGGACUUGAUGGAACUUCCUUUCAGCGCCAUUAUAUAAAUACCAAUCUUCAAGAUUGUUUUGUGUUAUCAAAAGCACACAGAUAUAGAUUACAAUGCUAUUAUACUCAACAAGGUUUCUUAGAAGACAUAUUCAAUGUAUCACUCUAUUGGAAAUCUCGUAAGUAUAAUCAGCCAAACAACUGGCUUCAAACUUGGUUAACAAGGGAAAUUCAAGCACUUACCCAGGAAGAGGAUGUUGACAUCAUUGUGCACCAUAUCUCUGGUGUGGUAAAACCGUUAUGGACAAGUAAAGAACAGAAGCUGCACACAAAAGAACCUGAAAAGAAACAGGAAGAGUUCAUGAUGUCGGUCUCUGAAGCAGCCAGGCCUUUUCUGGGAGCAAGAACAGACAGAUUUGUGUAUGAGAUUCAACUAUUUCUUGCUUCAGGAUUGAAUAUUGAAGCUUAUGAUGCAGUUUACAUACAACGAUUAGGUUGGAGCUCACCUGGGGAAAACACUGAAGUUUCUCAAAAUGAAUUGAUUGAUCGCACUACUGUGAUUCCAUACCUCUACAUAUUUGACGAUGACUCUGAUGGAAAUGAGUAGAUACCUCUUCCUAUUUUUAUCCUCAUUUGCUUGUUGUAAUUCUUGAAUAAUGUGAUUGCUCCUCAAAUGGCACAUAUGUAAAAUUUACACAUAUCAAAGAGCACUAUUGUGAGUUCAA